AGCUGCCAUCAGUCAUGCUACUGAAUGGGGACUGUCCGGAGAGCCUGAAAAAGGAAGAGGGGCCCACCGAACCGCCCCAGGAAAAUGGGCUGGAUGAGGCUGAGCCGGGGGAGGAAACCACUGGACAGGAAGUCAUUGUCAUUCAGGACACCGGCUUUUCGGUGAAGAUCCUGGCCCCGGGGAUUGAGCCCUUCUCCCUGCAGGUGUCCCCUCAGGAGAUGGUACAGGAGAUCCACCAGGUGCUCAUGGACCGUGAGGACACGUGUCAUCGCACCUGCUUCUCGCUGCACCUGGAUGGCAACAUGCUGGACCACUUUUCAGAGCUGCGCAGCGUCGAGGGGCUGCAGGAGGGCUCCGUGCUACGCGUGGUGGAAGAGCCGUACACAGUGCGCGAGGCCCGCAUCCAUGUGCGUCACGUCCGAGACCUGCUCAAGAGCCUGGACCCGUCCGAUGCCUUCAAUGGGGUUGACUGCAACUCCUUGUCCUUCCUGAGCGUCUUUACUGAUGGCGACCUGGGAGGUGAAGGAGGCGUUGUGGGGCCCAGGUCGGGCAGAGGGGCCAGGAGCAAGAUAGCUGGGGGCCGCCCGGCCAGCGUGGCUCAGUGGUUGAAUGACCGGCAAGUCAGCAUCACGGCGUCCACACGGGGCUUCUACCUGAACCAGUCCACAGCGUAUCAUUUCAACCCCAAGCCCGCCAGCCCCCGCUUCCUCAGCCAUUCCCUGGUGGAGCUGCUCAACCAGAUCAGCCCGACCUUCAAAAAAAACUUCGCUGUGCUGCAGAAGAAAAGGGUCCAGCGCCACCCGUUCGAGAGGAUUGCCACCCCGUUCCAGGUGUACAGCUGGACGGCCCCCCAGGCAGAGCAUGCCAUGGACUGCGUGCGUGCGGAGGAUGCCUACACCUCAAGGCUGGGCUACGAGGAGCACAUUCCUGGACAGACCCGGGACUGGAACGAGGAGCUGCAGACCACGAGGGAGCUGCCCCGCAAGAACCUGCCUGAGCGGCUGCUUCGGGAAAGAGCCAUAUUCAAGGUGCACAGCGACUUCACGGCAGCGGCCACACGGGGCGCCAUGGCAGUCAUCGAUGGCAAUGUGAUGGCCAUCAACCCCAGCGAGGAGACCAAGAUGCAGAUGUUCAUCUGGAACAACAUCUUCUUCAGCCUGGGCUUCGAUGUCCGCGACCACUACAAGGACUUCGGCGGGGACGUGGCGGCCUACGUGGCACCUGCCAAUGACCUGAACGGUGUGCGCACGUACAACGCGGUGGACGUGGAGGGGCUGUACACGCUGGGAACGGUGGUGGUGGAUUACCGCGGCUACCGAGUCACGGCCCAGUCCAUCAUCCCCGGCAUCCUGGAGCGGGACCAGGAGCAGAGUGUCAUCUAUGGCUCCAUCGACUUCGGCAAGACGGUGGUGUCCCACCCGAGGUACCUGGAGCUUCUGGAGCGCACGAGCCGGCCCCUCAAGAUCCUGAGGCACCGGGUGCUCAACGACCGCGACGAGGAGGUGGAGCUCUGCUCCUCCGUGGAGUGCAAGGGCAUCAUUGGCAACGAUGGGCGCCACUACAUCCUCGACCUGCUGCGCACCUUCCCCCCUGACCUCAACUUCCUCCCUGUGCCCGGCGAGCGGCUGCCUGAGGAGUGCACCCGCGCUGGCUUCCCCCGCACCCACCGGCACAAGCUGUGCUGCCUGCGCCAGGAGCUGGUGGAUGCCUUCGUGGAGCACAGGUACCUCCUCUUCAUGAAGUUGGCUGCCCUGCAGCUGAUGCAGCAGAAAGCCAGCAAGAUGGAGAACUCCACCUCAUUGGAAAACGGCAGCCCACCCUCCCUGGAGUCCAAGUCUGAAGACCCUCUGGGACCCGAGGGAAGUGAGGAGGAGGGAGGCAAUGCUAGUGGCCUGGCUAAGGUGAAGGAGCUGGCAGAGACCAUCGCCUCGGACGACGGGACAGACCCACGGAGCCGGGAGGUGAUCCGCAAUGCGUGCAAGGCAGUCGGCUCCAUCAGCAGCACGGCCUUCGACGUCCGCUUCAACCCGGACAUCUUCUCACCAGGGGUCCGCUUCCCCGAGUCCUGCCAGGAGGAAGUGCGAGACCAGAAACAGCUGCUCAAAGACGCUGCUGCCUUCCUGCUCUCCUGCCAGAUCCCCGGCUUGGUGAAGGACUGCACAGACCACGUGGUGCUGCCCAUGGACGGGGCCACGCUGUCUGAGGUGAUGCGCCAGCGAGGCAUCAACAUGCGCUACCUGGGCAAGGUGCUGGACCUGGUGCUCCGGAGCCCGGCCCGAGACCAGCUGGACCACAUCUACAAAAUUGGCAUUGGCGAGCUCAUCACCCGUUCUGCCAAGCACAUUUUCAAGACGUACUUACAGGGAGUCGAACUCUCAGGCCUGUCAGCUGCCAUCAGUCACUUCUUGAACUGCUUCCUGAGCUCCUACCCCAACCCUGUGGCCCAUCUGCCCGCCGAUGAGCUGGUCUCCAAGAAGAGGAACAGGAGGAGGAGAAACCGGCCUCCAGGGGCGGCAGACAACACCGCCUGGGCCGUCAUGACCCCCCAGGAGCUCUGGAAGAACAUCUGCCAGGAGGCCAAGAACUACUUUGACUUCACCCUCGAGUGUGAGUCCGUGGACCAGGCUGUGGAGACCUACGGGCUGCAGAAGAUAACACUGCUGCGGGAGAUCUCCCUCAAAACCGGCAUCCAGAUCCUGCUGAAGGAGUACAGCUUCGACAGCCGCCACAAGCCUGCCUUCACCGAGGAGGAUGUGCUCAACAUCUUCCCCGUGGUCAAGCACGUCAACCCCAAGGCCUCGGAUGCCUUCCACUUCUUCCAGAGCGGACAGGCCAAAGUACAGCAGGGCUUCCUGAAGGAGGGCUGCGAGCUCAUCAAUGAGGCCCUGAAUCUGUUCAACAACGUGUACGGAGCCAUGCACGUGGAGAUCUGCGCCUGCUUGCGCCUCCUCGCCCGGCUCCACUACAUUAUGGGCGACUACGCCGAGGCCCUGAGUAACCAACAGAAGGCUGUGCUGAUGAGCGAGCGAGUGAUGGGCAUCGAGCACCCCAACACCAUCCAGGAAUAUAUGCACCUGGCCCUGUACUGCUUUGCCAGCAGCCAGCUGUCCACCGCCCUGAGCCUGCUGUACCGUGCCCGCUACCUCACACUGCUCGUGUUUGGAGAAGACCACCCUGAGAUGGCACUGCUGGACAACAACAUCGGGCUGGUGCUGCAUGGGGUGAUGGAGUAUGACCUCUCGCUGCGCUUCCUGGAGAAUGCGCUGGCUGUCAGCACCAAGUACCACGGGCCCAAGUCCCUCAAAGUGGCCCUCAGCCACCAUCUUGUCGCACGGGUCUAUGAGAGCAAAGCCGAGUUCCGGUCAGCCCUGCAGCAUGAGAAAGAUGGCUACACCAUCUAUAAGACCCAGCUGGGCGAGGACCAUGAGAAGACCAAGGAGAGCUCUGAGUACCUCAAGUGCCUGACCCAGCAGGCCGUGGCCCUGCAGCGCACCAUGAACGAGAUCUACCGCAAUGGCUCCAGCGCCAACAUCCCGCCCCUCAAGUUCACAGCCCCCAGCAUGGCCAGUGUCUUGGAACAGCUCAAUGUUAUCAACGGCAUCCUCUUCAUUCCACUCAGCCAAAAAGACCUGGAGAACCUGAAAGCUGAGGUGGCGCGGCGGCACCAGCUCCAGGAAGCCAGCAGAAACAGGGACAAGGCUGAAGAGCCCAUGGCCACCGAGCCUGAGCCCGCAGGGGCCCCCGAGGAUGCGGCCUCGCAGCCCCAGGCCGCCAAGGACCCUCCUUCCCCCAGCUUACAGGGGUAGAAAGGGAGAGACAGAUGGACAGUCAGCUGCCCCAUUACCCAGUGAUCCAGACUCCAGGAGGAGGGGGCACGCCCUGCAGAUCCGGAGAGGAAGCGAGUCCCUAUUCUUCCACAUUUCCAACCCCAACCCUCCCCCCAGCAUCCUCCUGGGACCCUGGCCUGGCCUAUCUGCCCCCCGAGAGAUGUUUUUGCACUGGUUCAAUGAAAAUGCUGAUGAGAGGCCUAAUUGAAGACACUUGAGUGGAGUGUGUGGGCAUCGGUUCCCAGCUGGGAGACAGGUGCCCCUCAGGCGCCCCAUCCUCGAGCAGGUGUGUGCGAGUGUGUCCAUGCCCGUGAGCGAGCGUCUUGAUCCGUCCUUCCUAACUUGUACAUAGCCCGAGUCAGUUCGGAGUGGGUGACGUGCAGAUGCGAUUUCUCAGGUCAUUUGUAUGUUUGACAUUACGGCUGCUGCUUCUGCUGCCACUACCCCUGGGCCCAACCUGGCUAAAAGUCCAGGUUUGAAGCCGAAAGAGGGGUGCUUUCCUGUGUACUGGGAUGGGGAGUCAGCUCUGUGGCAGGGCUGGAGAGCUGGGGUGCACUUUAGCUCUGUGGCAAGGUGAGAGCUGCAGUGGCUUUACUAGUCAUGGUUGGGCCUGGCCUGGCUGUGCUUGGGGAAGGCAUGGGGGGGACAGUGGGGUUCCCAGAUACCCCUGUGCCCAGGCCCACUGGUCUGCCUCCCUACUCCUCAGCUGGGGAUCCCUGGGGGGCUGCAGUCUGAAUGUAUACUUCUCACCACUUUAACCUGAGCUGCCUAACGCACAGUGGGAGUGGGUAGGGAACGGGCCGAGGGGAACCGGGGCUGAAUCAUGGAUUCUGGGGGUAAGUUACCAGGUACAGGAGUGAUUGUCAUUUGUUGGUGGAGCCCAGCUCCCUCCCUGGUCCUGGCCACACCAGCACCUUCAACAGAGAGUACCUCUGGGUGUGGAAGAUGGGGAGGCACUAAAGGUGGUGGCCCCACAGGCCCGGCUGCUCCCUCUCCCGCCUGCCUGUGCUGCUUCUGUGCCUGCUGUUGGAGCCCUGACUGGGGGAGGUCGCCACCCUUGUGAGCUUGGGGGAGCCGUUCCAGGGGUGGGACCUCUGCCUGGGGGAGCUGCUUAUGGGUAUGGUCUGUCCAAACACCUUGUUUCAAAGGGAGUGGGCGUGAGCUAGUAAUCGAAGCAUCCCCACAGCUGAUCAAGAACUUUUUCUUGUUUUUAAACCAUCACGUCUUCAUUUCACAUUGGAAUAAAGUGAGUUUUUGAAACCUA